UUUGUGUAUUUGUGUUUUCUUUUAGUUAAUCUGCUGGAUUCAAAAACAAUUCAAGGGGAGCUGGGCUGGAUCUCUAACCCAUCACAUGGGUGGGAAGAAAUCAGUGGUGUUGAUGAACAUUACACGCCCAUCAGGACUUACCAGGUGUGCAAUGUCAUGGAGCACAGUCAAAAUAAUUGGCUGAGGACCAACUGGGUCCCCAGGAACUCGGCUCAGAAGAUCUACGUGGAGCUCAAGUUCACUCUGAGGGACUGCAAUAGCAUUCCUUUCGUUUUGGGAACUUGCAAGGAGACUUUCAACCUGUACUACAUGGAGUCGGACGAUGACCACGGGGUCAAGUUCCGAGAGCAUCAGUUUACGAAGAUUGACACCAUUGCAGCUGAUGAGAGCUUCACCCAGAUGGACCUGGGGGACCGUAUCCUUAAGCUCAACACUGAAGUCAGGGAAGUGGGCCCCGUCAACAAAAAGGGGUUUUAUUUGGCUUUUCAAGAUGUGGGGGCUUGUGUUGCCUUGGUGUCCGUGCGGGUGUACUUCAAAAAGUGCCCGUUCAUAGUGAAGAAUCUGGCCAUGUUCCCAGACACGGUGCCCAUGGACUCGCAGUCGCUGGUGGAGGUGCGGGGCUCGUGCGUGAACAAUUCCCGGGAGGACGACCCGCCCAGGAUGUACUGCAGCACCGAGGGCGAGUGGCUGGUGCCCAUCGGCAAGUGCUCCUGCACCGCCGGCUUUGAGGAGAGGGGCCACAUGUGCCAGGCUUGCCAACCGGGUUUCUACAAGGCUUCGGAUGGUAACAUGAAGUGCGCUAAGUGCCCACCUCACAGUUCUACCCACCAAGAUGGUUCAAUGAACUGCAGGUGUGAGAAUAAUUACUUCCGAGCAGACAAAGACCCUCCAUCCAUGGCUUGUACCCGACCUCCAUCUGCACCAAGAAAUGUUAUCUCUAACAUAAACGAGACCUCGGUUAUCCUGGACUGGAGCUGGCCCCUGGACACAGGAGGCCGGAAGGAUGUUACCUUCAACAUCAUAUGUAAAAAAUGUGGGUGGAAUGUUAAGCAGUGUGAGCCAUGCAGCCCACACGUCCGCUUCCUCCCUCGACAGUUUGGACUCACCAACACCACAGUGACAGUGACAGACCUCCUGGCACACACUAACUACACCUUUGAGAUCGAUGCCAUUAACGGGGUGUCAGAGCUGAGCUCACCACCCCGACAGUUUGCUGCGGUCAGCAUCACAACUAACCAAGCCGCUCCGUCACCUGUCAUGACAAUUAAGAAGGACCGGACAUCGGGAAACAGCAUCUCUUUAUCCUGGCAAGAACCCGAACACCCUAAUGGGAUCAUAUUGGACUACGAGGUCAAAUACUAUGAAAAGCAGGAGCAAGAGACAAGUUAUACCAUUCUGAGGGCAAGAGGCACAAAUGUCACCAUCAGUAGCCUCAAGCCCGACACUACGUAUGUAUUCCAAAUCCGGGCCCGCACAGCAGCCGGCUACGGGACCAACAGCCGCAAGUUUGAGUUCGAAACCAGCCCAGACUCUUUCUCCAUCUCGGGGGAAAACAGCCAAGUGGUCAUGAUUGCCAUUUCCGCGGCCGUGGCGAUCAUCCUGCUCACCGUGGUCACCUACGUUUUGAUCGGACGGUUCUGUGGCUAUAACAAGUCAAAACACGGUGCAGAUGAAAAAAGGCUUCAUUUUGGGAACGGGCACUUAAAGCUUCCAGGCCUCAGAACUUACGUGGACCCACACACAUACGAAGAUCCCACGCAAGCGGUUCAUGAGUUUGCUAAGGAACUGGACGCCACCAACAUAUCCAUCGACAAAGUUGUUGGAGCAGGUGAGUUUGGAGAGGUGUGCAGCGGUCGCUUAAAACUCCCAUCGAAAAAAGAGAUUUCAGUGGCCAUCAAGACCUUGAAAGUGGGCUACACAGAGAAGCAAAGGAGAGACUUCCUGGGAGAAGCAAGCAUUAUGGGACAAUUUGACCACCCCAAUAUCAUUAGGCUGGAGGGAGUUGUCACUAAAAGUAAACCAGUCAUGAUUGUCACAGAAUACAUGGAGAAUGGUUCCUUGGACAGUUUCUUACGUAAGCACGACGCGCAGUUCACGGGCAUCCAGCUGGUGGGCAUGCUGCGGGGCAUCGCGGCGGGCAUGCGCUACCUGUCGGACAUGGGCUACGUGCACCGCGACCUGGCCGCGCGCAACAUCCUCAUCAACGGCAACCUGGUCUGCAAGGUGUCGGAUUUCGGGCUGUCGCGCGUCCUGGAGGACGACCCGGAGGCCGCCUACACCACGAGGGGAGGAAAGAUUCCCAUCCGGUGGACAUCCCCAGAAGCUAUAGCCUACCGCAAGUUCACAUCAGCCAGCGACGUCUGGAGUUACGGGAUUGUUCUCUGGGAGGUGAUGUCCUACGGAGAGAGGCCAUACUGGGAGAUGUCCAAUCAGGAUGUGAUUAAAGCUGUGGAUGAGGGCUACAGGCUGCCGCCUCCCAUGGACUGUCCAGCUGCGUUGUAUCAGCUGAUGCUGGACUGCUGGCAGAAAGACAGAAACAACAGACCCAAGUUCGAGCAGAUCGUCAGCAUUCUGGACAAGCUCAUCCGGAACCCGGGCAGCCUGAAGAUCAUCACCAGUGCGGCGGCAAGGCCAUCAAACCUUCUUCUGGACCAAAGCAACGUCGACAUCACUACUUUCCGCACAGCGGGUGACUGGCUUAACGGUGUCCGGACAGCGCAGUGCAAAGAAAUCUUCACAGGCGUGGAAUACAGUUCCUGUGACACCAUAGCCAAGAUUUCCACAGAUGACAUGAAAAAGGUUGGUGUCACUGUGGUUGGGCCACAGAAGAAGAUUAUCAGUAGCAUUAAAGCUCUAGAAACACAAUCAAAGAACGGUCCAGUUCCAGUGUAAAGGGCUAUUUCUCCAACGAAGUGUGGCUGUGGAAGAUGUAGCAUCACUCUGCAGACAGACGACAACGCUGGAGAUACUGGUGGAAGUUUCAAGCCCAAUAAGACACUCAUAUAUGAGUACAAAUGCCUUAAAAUGGAAUUGAAAAACUCUUUAUUUUCCCAUAUCAUUCAGUGGAUUGGUGGGUGGGUGUAUUUUGUUUUGCAAUUGAUUUUUUUUAUAUUAGUUGAUGGAUUAAAUUAAAAUUCUUCAGCAAGAAAUGAUGAAGAACUAGCCUAGAGCCAUGGAUCAUAUACAGACUAUUCUAACAGGAAAACAAGUAAAAUAACAAAAUGAACAUAGUGGCUCUGUUCAAUAACGGCCACAAAAGAAAAGACUUGUGAUAUUUUUAUACACAGAAGAAAUCUGUAACAGGUAUUUUUUUUCUUUAAAAGCAAGCAAAACAGAGGAACUUAUACCUCAACUUAUCUGGCCAUAUUUACUACUUUUCAUUGUAUUAUUCUCUUUUAUCUGUUAAAAGCAUAUAGAAAUGAAGUUUGUAGUUGUUUUAAGUACCACACAUUUUUAAUUAUUAGCUUCCUUAAGUAUUAUCAUGUAAAAAUGUGUCUUAAUUUUGAAGAAAAGUACAUAUUUAUUUUCUUUCUAAUUGUUUUUUAUUGUUUUCUAUUUAUGCCUCAAUGAUUUAAUUUGGAUUUGUUACAGCCAUGUGCCAAAUGCUCCCUCAAAUUGUCAGCAAUAGGAAACAUGGUAAACUAAACAUAGAGAAUGAUGGGUUUCUUUCCAGAUUUUUGAAACAUAUAUAUAUAUACACACACAUAUAUAUGAAGAAACCAAAUUGUUUCCCUGUUCAUUCACUAACCAGAUCUCUCACAGACUGAAUUAUCUCAUACAUUUUUGUCUCUCCAUUUAGAAUAAACUGUAUGCUCCUAAUUUAGUGUGAUAUACUGGCUUGUAAGUACUAAUGGAUUCUAAAUGGCAUACCUGCCCUACUCUGGUGUUUCGGAAACCAUUAAUUCCAUUGGUAAAGAAGCUAUGUGAGAGUUCCUAAACAGAGAAUAGCUACACUGGAAAUAAUUGGAAUCCUAUUUCCAUUGCUGCAUUAAUUGGCAACACGGCCUAUUUGACAAUGCAUGAGUAAAAAAAAUCACUUUCUUACAAGUUCUAAAAUGUCACUCAAUAUCUUUGCUUUAAAAUGCUGAGCUGUUUUUAGGGAAUGGUUAUAACUAAACUACUCAUCUGAAUCACUGGGGUUUAGUUAAAUUAAUUAAACACUGUAAUAAUCUAUAGCAGGUAUUAUUAUCUUAAAGAGUCUUCCACUGAAAUGCACUUGUUGUAAUUCUGGUGUACAAAUUAGAAGCAAUCAACUACUUUGCAUUUAUUGAGCAUAUAAUUUUCAAAAUAGUUUUAUAUUUGAAAUAAGUAAAAUGGAUAUCUAGCAAAUGAUUCAAAAUCUGUAGGCAGUGGAGAGAACUCUCAUUGUGGGAACAUAGGCUAUUUCAUAAAUGUCAAAUAUGAGCAUACUCGGUAAUAUUUGAAAAACUGUACCUGGAGUAGAUCUUGCCACUAAUACGUUGAAAAGCAACAUUUUAGCUCUACCUAUAUUCUCUCUAAUGCUGAUAUGAUCAUUUUAUGGGAAUAAAAAAUGCAUAUGCCAUAAGACGAGAAUGGAUAAACAAUGCUGCAACCUUUAGGUUUUUAUGCAAAAUGGAACGUUAUACAACUUACAAUCAGAUCAAAAUUCACAAGUGCUAAUCUGUUGUAAAUUUAGUGUAAUAAGGCUUAGGCAGUGUUCUUUCAAAUAUGAGAUUAUUUCUUAAAUUUGGCAAUAUGCUUUAUAGUUCAAUCAUCCCACUGGAAUUCUAUAUUGGAUAUAUAAUAGCAUGCAUUUUUUUAAAAAUAUAUGUGAUUAUGAAAUUACACAUUUUACUUAAGCCUGCUAGAAGCAGCUAAACCAUUUUUUAAUCAAAAUUUUGUGUUGUGGAAUGUUAGACUGAGAUCUGAACCUGGCUUCAACCAUGUUUUAUCCCAGAGUAGCAUUUAUCUUGUAUUCUGAGCAUACUUUACAAAAUCUGUGCAUUUCAUGAACUAAUAGAAGUUGAGAAUUAUUAUUUUGACUAUGGUUUUCAUUUGAAAGUAGAGAUUAUAUACACAGCAUAUUGCUCUUCGUUUUUUCACUAUUUUUCUACCUGGCCUCUUAUAAAUUUACUUUACACAAAAUUCUUACCCUGUAUAUAUGUAAACAUAACAGUGUACGAUUCUUAACUGUGGAGUAGAGGUACUAGAUGCUUGUGGCCAUCUCUUUGUACAGGAACUGCAUUGAGUUUCAAUAAACGUGAACCAUAUCUCCAUACAAUGGUAUGUACCAUAUUAUCUGUUUUAUAUCGUAAAUUUGAUUUACAUAUAUUAUUUAUUUCUGGUACCUUGCCCAGAUUAUUCUGUACUAUCAAUUAAAACCAUGUAUAAAUGUGAUGAUUGGCAAUAUGUAUUUACUUUAAACUUGUAUUUUCAAAACGCUACUCAUUUAGUUUAUGUUGUACAAUGUAGAUGGCCUCUUACUAAUGUAAAGUGAUUUGUAGUGGAAACAUUUAUAUUUUUAUAAUAAACAUAAUGAAAAUAUUUUUUACAGAUUGAAAUACAGA